AUGGCAUCUUCUCUCUCAUCAUUUGAGACCAAGACGACGGUACCUCCGUCUCGGAUUGGGACAUUCUUCGAUGACGUGCUCGCAAAUUUCCACCCCAUCUACUUCGUCAUCAAUAUGGGACUGGGUAUCACAAGCUUGGUGAUGUACAACUUUCCGAUCGAGCAGGUCCGUGUGGGGAUGAGAUACAUGGGCAUCGUGUACUUUUUCAUUGAUCUCGUUGCAUUUAUCAUCAUCCACGCUCUUUUUUUCCUGCGCUACUUUGUGCUAUUCAACCGCUACGACCGUGUCUCAUUUUGGGGGCUGCUCAAAGACCACCGACUCAGCGUGUUCCUUGGAGCAGAGGUCAUGGGGUUCGGCUCGUUGAUCAACAUGAUCCGAUAUUUGAGGCCAGAAUGGACGCUUUUCACGUACACGCUCUGGUGGAUCCAGGUAGCUCUCAGUCUGUUUUGUGCCUGGGGAGUCACGUUUCUAAUGAUGGCCGUGAACAACCUCGAUGCAAGCGAUCUCAACGCCACCAUUCUUCUCCCCGUUGUCACCCUGACAGUUGCUUCUUCCACGGGCUCUAUUGUGAGCGGCAAACUCGACUCUGCCAGCUGGAAGCUUUCUUCCGAGAUCGUCACAUUCAUGCUCUUAAGCAACGCUCUUCUGCUUGCUUUCCCGCUCCUAUCUGUCUAUUUUUACAAACUACUCACAUCAGGCCUGCCCUCAAAAUCUAGCAUCUACUCAUGUUUCAUCCCUAUCGGCAUGCUGGGACAGGGUGCGUUUGCCAUGCUGCUCAAUUUCCAACAAUUGGCCGAUCUCCUCCAAAACGAGCCAGCACUCAUCAAGGUCACAGCCUUGCUCAGCCAAGAGUCUCUGCAAGUAGUGGCGGCACUGCUUCAGCUUGGAUCCGUCUACGUGGCCAUGUCUCUCGUUUCAAUGGGCAUCUGCGUUACCAUGAUAGCCAUUUUCGGGGUUCUUAAAUACGGCCUCAUACAUAGCUGGUCAAAGACGCUUUGGGCAUCGACGUUCCCGCUGGGGACCAUGGCUAUUUCCCAGUCAGAGCUGUACCGCCUUACCGGCUGGCUGGGCUUCCAAAUCACAAGCACCAUUUACUCAUUUGCAUUGAUCGCAGUCACAACAUAUUGUCUGCUAAAUACCUGCAUUUUCGAAAUACCUAUUCGAAAGCAUGACGUUUGA